GCGAAAUUUUAUAAAAAAAAGGACUCAUAUUUUAGACAAAAUGGCCUCUGUAACUCAUAAGUGUGUUUACGCGGGAUGUUUUGAAAGAAACGAUGGAACAAAUAAUAAUAUAUCUUUCUUUAAAUUUCCACUGAAAGACGUAGAGCGUACAAAAAUUUGGCAAAAAAACUGCGGGAACAUUGAUAUUUUAUUGAUGGAUAUCACUGACCUUAAACAGAGGGUAAUUUGCCAGCAUCAUUUUGCAGUGGAACAUAUUUACCAAAGUGGCCAAAGAAAGUUAUUAAGGAAAAAUGCUGUUCCUCUAAAAUUUACACAGUUAACAACUGAUUUAGGUGAUAUCCCACCAGUAUGCUCUACAUACGUUUAUUGCGGUACGAAACGUAAAAGAUCUACAAGUGACGAUUGUAUGGUUAGGUCAACUCCAUCGCCUAAGAGAUCAAGUAGUAGUCUCAGUGAUAUUUCCAGUUUUGAAAUUAAUUUGCCCACAAAACUUGAAACUGAAUUGACGGAGAAGGUAAAAAAAUUGGAGUAUCAAGUAAAUGCUUUAAAGAAGAAGUGCCGUCAGAAGAACAGUCAGCGUUGUAGAAGAACAACAAAAAACAAAAAAUCGGCAACCAAAUUCAUGUUACAGGUACUGUUAGAAAAUAAAAGCAAAUACGUGCACACAUUUGUUAAUAUGCAGUUUUCACACAAAACUCGUUCACAAUGGAGUCACAAUGAAAAGGAUUUAGCUCUGGCCAUUUAUUAUAAGUCUCCUAGUUGUUACAAAUUUUUAAUUAGAUCUCUUAACUUUAUAUUACCUUCAGUAAAAACAAUUCAAACUUGGUUGCGUGUCAUAAAAUUAAGAACUGGUUUAAACACUUCCUUAAUUGACAAGUUGAAGAAAAAAGCAGAGACAAUGGAUGAGUUGGAAAAAAUUUGUGUGUUAAUGUUUGAUGAAAUUUCUUUGAAAAAAAAAUUGGAGUACAAUAAAUUAGAUGACAUUAUAGAAGGGUUUCAAGAUUUAGGUGCUUUAGGAAGAACAAACAAACUUGCCAACACAGGUCUGGUUUUCAUGAUGCGCGGCUUGCUACAUAACUGGAAGAUUCCGAUUUGCUAUUUUGUUACAGGUGGUCCAAUACAUAGCGACAACUUAAAAAACAUUGUAGUUGAAGUUGUUUCAAAAUUACAAAAUAUUGGGUAUAUACCAAAAGUGUUAGUGUGUGAUCAAGCAUCUAAUAAUAGAGCUUUAUUUAAGCUGUUAGGCGCAUGUAAGGAUCAGCCUGCAAUAGAAAUAGGAAAUCAGAGGAUUUUCACUGUUUUUGAUACACCCCACUUAUUAAAAAGUCUAAGAAAUAAUUUUCUUAACAAAAAGUUGACGUUUUUUGCCGAUUCUAACCAGAUAUCGUGGCAAGAUAUUGAAUACACAUAUAACAUCGAUAGAACCAAUGUGAGAGCACGAUGCAUGGUGAAAAUAACAGACGUUCACAUAAACCCUAAUAAUUUCCAAAAAAUGCGUGUAAAAUUAGCAUCCCAAAUUUUUUCCAACUCAGUUGCCUCAGCAAUAUCAACAGCAAAAUCUGUAGACAAUGGAAAUUGUGAAAUAGCACAAACUGAUAAUUUAGAUUUAACCCACGAAGUAACCAGCGUCGAAAUAUCUGACGAGUCCAUUGAAACCCAAACAGUUCAUGUAGAACAAUCUUUAGACAUGCAAAAGGAAAAUAAUGACAACCAAAUUUUAAGCACGGCAAAUUCCAGCAAAUGUAGCAUAACAAAUUUAGAAACGUGUGCUGUUACAUAUGUCGCUGGUUAUAUUUACUAUAAGAUUAUAAAGAACUUGAAUUGUAGUAAAUGCCAGGAAGACUUGCUAAAAGACAACAAAAUUCUAUUACAGAAACACGAAUUAAUGUUACUUUUCAGAGAUUAUGGCGCAAAUGAAGAAAUAAAGUUUCUUCAGAGACUAUCAGAUUUGUUUGUUACUAUUACUACAAUAUUGUUAGAAAAGUUUCACGAGGCUUUUAAUUUAUUUAAAGAAGAUAAUGCAGUUUUCGAAAAAAUUGAAACCUAUGAUGAAGUCAUAAAGAGCCUCAAUGAAGGAAGAGGAUACAGACUCAUCAAGAGAAGUAAAUCACGACUAUAUAGGUGCGAGAAUAAUGACGGAAUGCAGCUCCUCGAUACUAUUGGGCUAAAUAAUACUGAAAAAGACAAAAUUGUUGAAUAUAAUACUUGUUGGGCGUAUAUGUAUUAUAUCUAUAAUAUAGCAUUACUUUGUUAG